AUGGCUGAGGAGAUGCGCCCCGCGGUGCGAGAGUCUUGCGCUCAGGCUGGGCUGUAUUGCUCCCAGCUGGUGCUGCACCUUUUCUUCUUGCUGUCGAUGUACCUCUGGAACGUCGACAUGCUCAAGGUGUACAGCGUGUUCGUGACCCUGCUCUUCUUCCUCGUACUGUGUCUGGCGAUGCGCAGCCUCCUGGACGUGGCGGCCUGCGUGCUGUGCCUGCCCGCGGUCGGCCGCCGCCCUGCCCUCGCGUGUGUACCCGGCGUCGAGGUGAAAAAGCACAAUCCUGGCAUCGUGUCGUGUGGAGGCCCGCCCUGCUCGCGCGCCCGGGCGCCCCGCGGCAUGGGGCCGCCCGCGCGGGCGGCCGCCGCGGCCCCCGCCAGGCAUCCUGGCGCGGUGUUCUGGGUUGUGCGCGGCGGGGCCCUCUCGGCCGCACUCCCGCGAGGCCGAGACGGCGUGGGCCCCCUGCCGGUGCCCGAGCGCGGGCCCCCCGUGGAGGCCGAGCGGGCGUGGGCCUCGCCCGCCGGCGGCGGCCCGGGCGCCCCGCGGGGGGCCCGCUGGCUCCGCGGGCCGCGCAGCGGGUCGGAGGGCUUCUCGGGUGCCGUCGGCAGCGCGCAUGAGCAGGCGCGCCUGCUCAUGCUCCGCGGGCUGCGCAGCGGGUCGGAGGGCUUCUCGGGGUGCCGUCGGCAGCGCGGUGCUUCGGUGGCCGAGUGCACGCCGAUGGUCCCCACGGAGAGGGAUGCUCUCUCGAGCACCAUCCGGAUGCUGGUGCCGGACCCCUCCCGCCGCAACCGGAUCACCACGGCGAAGUACACGUGGUACACGUUUGUGCCCAAGAACUUGUUUGAGCAGCUUACCCAGCUGGCAAACGCCUACUUCCUGCUCAUCGCUCUGCUUCAGGUCAUCCCUGAGAUCUCCAACACUGGCGGAUAUCCUCUGACGCUGAUUCCGCUGAGUUUCGUCCUUGUCAUGGGCGCCAUCAAGGACGGCUUCGAGGACUGGAGGCGCCACGUGUCGGACAGGAGCGAGAACGAGGGGGAGGCCGUCGCGAUGGACGAGGGGCAGCGCGAGAGGCCUGUCGUCCACACCUUCCGGCACCCCACCUUUUUUGUGCACUGUAUUAUCCUUAUGCCUCUUACCGAGAUGAGCUAA